CCACAGAGUCAAUUGCAUUCAAGGGGCAUAGCCACCGCGCGGAUACUCCGAGGUUACAUUAGCAGCACCCAUACGUCGUAUACGAGCUACCUAAAGAAUCCCCAUGCUGCGACUAAAGAACGACUCCACGUGCGCAAAUCUUUAAUUCGACAUUACGACAAUCAUGUACAAUCCUCUCUCAGCCCAGUAGCCCACCUAACCCACCUGCAAGGGGUUCUCGUCUGUCAUCCCCGAUGGGUUCACUUUCGGUAUAAGUUAACCCACUCGACCAUUUUGGUGAUAUGGGCCUGGUCCGACGGUGCUGGAUAAUAAGCAUCGCUUUGAUAUUAGGCUACCAUGGCGAACUGGAACAAGAUGUUUAUAUAAACACCGGAUGUCAACCUUUUCUUCCAGUUGUUGAGUACCAGCGUCCGCGCCCAACAACACCUAACAAUGAAAAUCAAUCCAAUUUCUUUCCUUCUCAUAUUCUUCAGUGGGGUGGCCACUGCAGUUUGGUCCCCCUACAACCUCAAAGUUGGAUACUAUGACCAGCUAACGCACUCAGUCAACAUUUACUGGCGAAACGGGGAGACAUACAACAAGGUGCUUGCUCGUGUCCAUACCGACGGCCGCGAUGACUUCCAGACAGAUCUUGCUGGCGAUUCGAAAGGCUACGUCUUUACCAACAUCAUGCCUGGCCACGUGUACAGGUUCAGCGUCGAGGGUCAAGAAGCCUUUGGUGGGCGGUAUUCGUCGUGGACAGAAGUUUACUGGACAGCGCCACUCGACGCAGUGCCGCCGAAUACUUGGACGACCAAGACCUUGACGCCCAAUGGCUUCCCUACCGAUGCUUCCGGCAUCGCGUCCGUGUCUCGGCUGCCAGGCUCUAUGGAGUUUUGGUAUCUUCGCACCGACGGCUCCGUGCAAGGCCAGUGGUGGGGGAACGGACACUGGAAUCCAUACGAGCUUGCGCCGCCCGGAUCCGCUCAUCCCGACUGCGGCAUCGUGGCCAUCUCGCGCGUCUCGAACCAGAUGGAGGUGUGGUUCAUCAGCCCCAAAGGAGCCCUCAUAGACUGCUUGUGGGUUCAAGGCCAGAACUGGUCGUGUGUCCAGCGUAGCUCCGAGGGCAGCGCCGCCGUAAACUCUAGGAUUGCUGCUGUCUCUCGCCACAGUGGAACUAUUGAGCUUUGGUACAUCAACGGCUACGGCGGCGUUAUCGACUGGUACUUUUACGAAGGCAAGGGAUGGGGCUCGUGGCAGAUCAUCCCCAACGACGUUGUUUCCAUGUCGGGCGGCAUAGCUGCGGUGUCACGUGCCAAAGACACUAUUGAGCUGUUUGUCACGCGCAACGACGGUAGUAUUCGUGAUCACUACUUUUACGAAAAGGACGGUUGGCAUGAUCAGGAAGUCGCACCGCCAGGAAGCGCAUCUGCCACGGGCAGCAUCUCUGUCGUCUCGCGUAUGUCAAAUACCAUGGAACUAUGGUACAUUGGCAAGGAUGGAAGCAUCAGAGACUUGUACUGGUAUGAAGGUGACCAUUGGAAGGGCUUCGAGUUGGCUGGUCCAGGUAGUGCGCCCACCGAAGGGGCCAUCAAGGCUCUGGCGCGCAAUGAGUUUGUCAUGGAUGUCUGGUACACUGGCAGCGAUGGAUCUAUCCGUGGUUGCAACUGGAUGGAAAACUCAAACUGGAACUGCUAUACUCUGUCUGGGCCAUCUACCGCCGUCACAAUCGCGGGCAUCGGCGCCGUGGCACGCUCAGGAACCUAUGAAGACGUGUUUUUUGUAAGCGAGGAUAGAACGAUUGUCGACGUCUCCUAUGCGCCGCCAAAGUGAGCUAGAUUCCAUAUACAUCCUUCAUUCUCUCCAAAAUAUGGAUAUAAUAUACAGACAUGACAAAUUAAAGAAGAAUAGAUGUCAGUUCCAAUUAAACCACUAUGUGUUUGCGCGGAUCUUGUAAUGAGUUACAAGAUAUAGUCCUAAAUGUAUCAUAUAUUAACUGCUCAAAGUAGAGUUAAUGUCUAAUACUUUGCUAGAUGACGUAGCCGUAUUAUGG